GGGCUAGUUAUGCUGGAGGGAUGUUUUGUAUUUAGGAGAUGUGGCCUUUUUAAGAACCCUUGUUACGGGUCUGUCUGUAAAGUGGACGGCGCCGCUUGUAGGUUUGGGUUUUAGCCGUUGUCUUAAACGGGGCAAUUGUUUUUACGCCUCUUUAUGUGUGGGGGAGGGGGCGCCUUGUUAUAACGUGGGGGUCAGGGCUCGGAUCUGCCAGACUUCUUGACAUGAACCAGGAGCAGACGUGUGGCGCCAAGUGACCGUAAGGCAUCGGUGAAUCCCGCCAUGGCGACUGAGGAGUCUUCGUUGCGGGCGCUAGAGAGUCUGAUGAGUGAAUUUUUUCACGCAGGCACAACAAAUGAACGCAAAAGAGAAAUUGAGUCCCUCUUGAAUAAUUUUGCUCAGCAGCUGGGAGCCUGGAGGUUCUGCUUCUACUUUCUGUCCAGCUCCCGCAGUGACUACGUCCUCAUGUACAGUUUGAGCGUCUUUGAGAACCUCAUCAACAAGAUGUGGUUGGGGGUUCCUUCGGAGGAGAAGAUGGAGAUCCGCAGCUCACUGCCCAAACUUCUGCUCAGCCAGCACAAAGCACUUCCCAACUUCAUCUGCAACAAGCUGUGCAAGGUCAUUGUGGAUAUGGGCAGGCAGGACUGGCCUAUGUUCUACCAUGACUUUUUCACCAACAUCCUUCAGCUUAUCCAGACGCCCAGCACCACGCCUCUGGGGCUCGUCAUGUUGAAGACUGCCUCUGAGGAGCUGGCUUGUCCUCGAGAGGACCUCAGCGUUGCCCGAAAAGAGGAGCUGCGCAAGCUUUUGCUGGAACAAGUGCCGACUGUCCUAGGACUUCUUACAGGUGUCUUGGAAAGUAUUUGGGAUAAGCACAGUGUUACUGCUGCAACACCCCCACCCUCACCCACUGCUUCAGAUGCUGAUGAUCUUCUCAGUAACCUUGUCCACACGCCCAGCCUGACGAAGCAGUUGAGCCAGCCUCCGCCGAGCCUAGAGGCAGAGAGUGAGCGGAUAUGCGCCCUGGCCCUCGAAUGCCUCUCGCACCUCUUCAGCUGGAUCCCCCUUUCCGCCAGCAUCACCCCCUCCCUUCUUACCACAAUCUUUCACUUUGCACGCCUGGGCUGUGACGUCCGAUCCGGACGGACCUCCAACCUCGCCGCUGCCAACUCCUCCGUGACCCUUAAUGGUGGCAGCAGCCCUCCCCUUACCUCCGCCUUGCACAGCUCUCAACGAGACCGGGAUAAGUUGGGGGUGCUAGCAAUGUCCUGCAUUAAUGAGCUGAUGUGUAAGAACUGUGUGCCCCUGGAGUUCCAGGAAUACCUGCUACGUGUGUGCCAGCAAACCUUCUACCUCCUGCAGAGGAUCACUCGGGAGACGAACGCCCACAGCGUGCGCAGUCGGCUGGAGGAGCUGGACGAGAGCUACGUGGAGAAGUUCACGGAUUUCUUGCGGCUCUUUGUAAGCGUCCACCUGCGGAGGAUAGAGUCCAACGCUCAGUUCCCUGUGGUCGAAUUCCUCGCUCUGCUGUUUAAAUACACUUUUCAUCAGCCAACACAUGAAGGUUACCUCUCUUGUUUGGAUAUCUGGGCCUUAUUUCUGGACUAUUUGACCAACAAAAUAAGGAAUAGGUUGGAAGAGAGGGAGGCUAUUAUUGGCAGGUACGAAGAUGCCUUGGUAUUGCUGCUCACAGAAGUGCUAAACCGAAUUCAGUUUCGUUGCAACCAGACUCAGCUGGAGGAGCUCGACGAUGAGACCCUGGAUGAUGAUCAGCAGACGGAAUGGCAGAGAUACCUGCGUCACAGCUUGGAGAUCGUUGCCAAAAUAAUGGAGCUGCUUCCCACACAUGCCUUCUCCACUCUGUUUGCUGCUCUUCAAGAAAACCUUGAUGUAUAUCUUGGGCUGCAGCAGUAUAUUGUCACAAAUGGAACAGACCAGCGUCUGAAUGUGACCGCAGAGAACGACUGCCGAAGGUUACACUGCUCCCUGCGCGACCUCGGCUCCCUGUUACAGGCCGUCGGGAGACUCGCCGAAUAUUUCAUUGGCGAUGUUUUUGAGGCCCGGUUCAACGAUGCCCUGACGGUCGUCGAAAGGUUGGUAAAAGUCACUUUAUACGGUUCUCAAAUCAAGCUGUACAAUAUGGAAACUGCGGUGCCAUCUGUGCUAAAGCCAGACCUUGUCGAUGUGCAUGCCCAGUCUUUGGCUGCGCUACAAGCUUAUUCCCAUUGGAUGGCGCGGUUCUACAGCGAGGUUCAGCGCCAGAACCAAGAGCGGUUCAUCUCCAUUAUUUCCACUGCGAUGGAGGCCUUGCCUCCUCUUAUCAGCACCAAGGUACAAGAAAAAUUGCUGCUUUCUGCUUGCCAUCUGCUAGUCUCGAUAGCCACAACGGUGCGGCCAGUGUUCCUCCUCAACAUUCCUGCCGUCCAGAAAGCGUUCAGCCGUGUCACGGAUAGCGCAGCGCAGCGAUUACCUGAAGAGGCCCAAGUGCUGCUAUGUCGUGCCCUCUCCAACGUCCUCCUCCUCCCGUGGCCCAAUGUCACAGAAAAUGAGCAGCAGUGGGGAGAGCGCUCAAACCACCACGCCAACCUGCUGGAUAGUCUCACCAGAGAGUACCGGCUCCUGAAGGACAGUGUUCCCCCGCAACGGAAGGGCCAGAUGGAGGCCACUAAGCGUGUCAUCUGUCAGACCCUCGGCGUCCUGAGGGACAUCGUAGAGAACAUUUCUGGUGAGGGGACCAAGUCUCGGCAGAUCUGUUACCAGUCGAUGCAGGAAGCGGCCCAGCUGUCCCUCACGCUCUUCCCUGUUUACAUCCACCAGUCCGACGUGACGGAAGAAAUGCUGAGCUUUUUCCUUGCCCUGUUCCAAGGGUUGAGGGUGCAGAUGGGGGUACCUUUCACAGAGCAAAUAAUACAGACCUUUCUCAACAUGUUCACCAGGGAGCAGCUCGCGGAGAGUAUUCUGCAGGAGGGCAGCGCCGGCUGCCACGUGGUUGAGAAGUUUCUGAAGAUCCUUCAAGUGGUCGUGCAAGAACCUGGCCAGGCUUUCAAACCUUUCCUGCCCAGCAUCCUCGCCCUAAGCAUGGAGCAGCUGUACCCCAUUAUUGCCGAGCGCCCCUCCCCAGAUGUGAAAGCUGAGCUGUUCGAGCUUCUGUUCCAGCUGCUGCACCACAAUUGGCGCUAUUUCUUCCGCGCCUCCAUCUUGGACAGCGUUCACCGGGACGGGGGCGACGAGCCCAUGGAAAACCAGGCCCAGUUCAUUGCGGUCAUGCAAGCUUUCGGACAGUCCUUCCUGCAGCCCGAUAUACACUUGUUCAAGCAGAACCUUUCCUACCUGGAGACCCUCAACAGCAAACAUAAACUGUAUCACAAGAAGCUGUUUCGGGCUGUGAUGCUUCAUCAGUUUGUAAGUGUUCUGCUGCAAGUUCUUAUACACAAGUCUCACGACCUCCUACAAGAAGAGAUUGGCAUUGCCGUCUACAACAUGGCCUCUGUCGACUUCAACACUUUCUUCUCCUCGUUUCUUCACGAGUUUCUCACCGGCUGCCAGGGCUUGGACAGUGGCCAGAAGACUGUUCUUGCUCGCAACUUCAAGAUGGAACGGGACCUACCUUCGUUUACGCAGUGCGUCCACCGCUUGGUCAACGACCUUCGCUACUACAGGCUCUGCAACGAAAGCCUCCCCCCAGGAACUGUGAAACUGUGACAAAACCCCACGUUCCCCUUGUUUUUUGAGGACAGACGGACUCUCUCCCCUUUAUCUCCACGCUGACAGUCUUAACUUUAACCCAUUUACCGCUGUGAAACGCACCCGUAUUUUUUUUUUUUUCCCUUUGUUUUUAAUCAUGGACGGUUUUUAGCACAUUCUCAGAACGAGAUCACGGUGCCUCCUUGUUCCACACCUUAACCCUUUCCUUUGGAAGGGGAGAAAUAAAGCUCCUUUGUUUUUAACUGUUUAAAAAAGAAAUCGGGUUCGCAAACCUUCAGUAUCAUUCCCUUGUUUCUAAGUGGAGCAACAGAGCGGUCUGCUUCUCACCCCCAAAAUGGACAAACUUUUUGAAUGGCAUACCUGGCCCAAUUAUCUCAACACAGACUUAAUUAUGUAUUGUUUUUAUACUUUUUUUUUUUCUUGUGUUUUUUUUUGUUAUCAUUCCAUGAUGUGAUUUGCAACAUCGCUUCUUGCGAAUAAAACUCCUGCCUUGUUUACAUCGA